AUGGUUUGUUUGACAUCGAAUAACGGACAAACCCAACAAGUACGAGCAUUAAUGGAUUCCGGAUCGCAGAUAAAUCUACUUGCUGAAAAUGUUGUGCAAAGGCUGAAACUUCCAAGGUAUUUGACCAAUGUACCUGUUAUCGGUGUUGGAGGUAGCAGAGCCCAUAUCCGUUACAAGGUGGUGGUACGAAUGAAAUUCAGCUAUAGUGAUUUUGCCACCAACGUCGAAUGUCUCGUUACUCCGAAGGUGACAGGCACCAUUCGGUCUACAUGUGUGAACAUUGAUUCUAAGAACAUCCCUCCCGGUAUUCUACUGGCUGAUGCUUCAUUCUCCAGUCCAGGUGAAAUAGACAUGCUGAUUGGAGCUGAAUUAUUUUUCCAAAUCCUAAUGCAAGGCCAGAUAAAGAUGUCCAAUCGCUUGCCGACAUUGUACGAGACUCAGUUCGGAUGGGUUGUAGCCGGUUCAUACGAGCAGCCAGAAGAAGACAAUCCAGUGUGUGCCAACAUUGCUAUGACUGACGGUUUGGAGAACAUUAUCAGCGAACUUACCGUCGCGAUGAAAAUGGACGUGUGGUCCAGCUACCCUUUCAUGAAUCUGUGA